AUGCUCCACUUUAACCGGUGUCCGCAUCUGAAACAAAUAGCCCAGAAAUGUUUUCCUAGUGUACAUGUUAGAACGGAUAAACAUGUGCAGCUGUUUCUUUCAAGAACCUUUGCACUUGCAGAAUUCAGGAAGUCAUGGCACUCAACCCACUCUCUUGUCGGAGACAAAAAUAUUAUCCUGAUGGGACCUCCUGGUGCUGGGAAAACAACAGUAGGCAGAAUAAUAGGUCAAAAACUAGGUUGUUGUGUCAUAGAUGUGGAUGAUGAUAUCCUUGAAAAAACGUGGAAUAUGAGUGUGUCUGAAAAAUUACAGGAUGUUGGUAAUGAGCAAUUUUUAGAAGAGGAAGGAAAAGCUGUGUUAAACUUCUCUGCAUCUGGAAGUGUGAUUUCCCUUACUGGGUCCAAUCCAAUGCAUGAUGCUAGCAUGUGGCAUCUGAAGAAAAAUGGCAUAAUUGUAUACCUGGACGUACCUCUAAUAGAUCUAGUCAGUCGUUUAAAAUUCAUGAAAGUAGAUAGGAUUGUAGGUCAGAAUGCUGGCACAUCUAUGAAAGACUUACUUAAAUUUAGAAGACAGUAUUAUAAGAAAUGGUACGAUACCCGUGUUUUUUGUGAAAGUGGGGCUUCCCCAGAGGAGGUAGCUGACAAAGUGCUUAAUGCAGUUAAAAGAUACCAAGAUGUGGACUCAGAAACGUUCAUUUCAACAAGACACAAUUGGCCUAAAGACUGCGAGCAGAAGGUCUCAACAAAAUUCUUUAGUGAAGCAGUGAUUGAGGGGUUAGCUUCUGAUGGUGGACUCUUCGUUCCUGAGAAGGAGUUUCCAAAAUUAAACCGUAGGGAGUGGAAAAGCCUAGUAGGAGCAACCUACAUAGAAAGAGCACAAAUACUAUUGGAAAAAUGUAUACAUCCUGCUGACAUACCUGCUGCCAGAUUGGGAGAAAUGAUUGAAACUGCUUAUGGGGAAAACUUUGCCUGCUCAAAAAUCGCCCCUGUCAGGCACCUUUCAGGCAACCAGUUCAUCCUGGAGCUGUUCCAUGGACCAACAGGAUCAUUUAAAGAUUUGUCUUUACAGCUUCUGCCUCAUCUGUUUGCACACUGUAUUCCACCAAGCUGCAAUUAUAUGAUACUUGUAGCUACGUCAGGAGACACGGGCAGCGCAGUCUUAAAUGGUUUUAGUCGUAUUAAUAAGAAUCACAAGCAAAGAAUAGCCGUGGCCACAUUUUUCCCUGAAAAUGGAGUAAGUGAUUUUCAAAAAGCACAAAUAAUUGGCAGCCAGAAAGAAAAUGGGUGGGCAGUGGGUGUCAAGUCAGAUUUUGAUUUUUGCCAGACAGCUAUAAAAAGAAUUUUUAAAGAUUCUGACUUUACUGGCUUUCUUAUUAUGGAACAUGGAACUAUCUUAAGUUCAGCUAAUUCCAUCAACUGGGGCCGACUGCUUCCCCAAGUAGUUUAUCAUGCUUCUGCAUAUCUUGAUCUUGUUAGCCAAGGAUUUAUUUCUUUUGGAAGCCCAGUGGAUGUCUGUAUUCCCACAGGAAACUUUGGUAACAUUUUAGCAGCAGUGUAUGCCAAAAUGAUGGGAAUCCCUAUUCGAAAAUUUAUUUGUGCCUCUAAUCAGAACCAUGUUCUGACUGAUUUUAUAAAAACAGGACAUUAUGAUCUGAGGGAAAGAAAAAUAACUCCUACCUUUUCACCAUCAAUAGAUAUUCUUAAAGCUUCAAACCUGGAACGACAUUUACACAUGAUGGCUAAUAAAGAUGGAGGGUUAAUGACAAAAUUAUUUAAUCAACUAGAAGAGCAGCAGCACUUCCAGAUAGACAAGAUGCUAGUCGAGAAACUUCAGCAGGAUUUUGUAGCCGACUGGUGCUCUGAGAGAGAGUGCCUUGCAGCUAUUCAUUCUACCUACAGUACUUCAGGGUAUAUUCUGGAUCCACACACUGCGGUUGCAAAAGUGGUUGCGGACAGAAUGCAAGACAAAACUUGCCCAGUGAUUGUCUCAUCAACAGCUCAUUACUCAAAGUUUGCACCUGCUAUCAUGCAGGCUUUAAAGAUUAAAGAAAUCAACCAUACUUCAUCAAGUCAGCUUUAUUUACUGAGUUCAUACAACGCAUUACCUCCACCUCAUGAAGCUUUAUUAGAAAGAAUGAAGCAGCAAGAGAAGAUGGAGUACCAGGUCUGUGCAGCUGAUGUGGACGUCCUAAAGAAUCAUGUGGAAAAACUAAUACAAAAUCAAUUCAUAUAA